AUGGCGUGUCCACUCAACCUGACCAGAGCUGUGCAGGGAGGAGAGGUAAGAAAACGGAAAACCGGAGGGGUCAAAAGCAGCACACUCAUGCCGCUGGCUACUUUAGAAUUUCCUCCCAAGAAGCUCUUUGGAAACAGGGAUGAACGAGUCGUCGCCGAGCGGCAAAAUCACUUAGAGAAAUACCUCAGAAGCUUCUUUAACGCGAUGCUCAACUCAGAGUCGUCCCCGCUGUAUGUAAACCAAGAGGGCCUGACCCUGUCGAAGCAUACAGUCUGUGAAUUUUCGUCGUUCUUCAAGAGAGGCGUGUUCGACUACAGCAGCCAUGGCACCAGUUAACCGGCCAAGAACAACCGCUGUGCCUCGUCUUCCGUUCCACUCCUUGAUGUCUGCACAAAGAACCUAACAUUUAUAUAUGUGGUAUUGUUUUUCAUUCUAGGAAAAUCCUACCAGAAAAACUGGCCGUUGGUAGCAGAUACGUAGGGCUGCUAAAUACAAACUUUUAAAGAGUUCUUCUGGUCAGCCCUUAGUUUAUUGCCUGCCAAUGGGAUGUGGAAACAGCUGAUUCCUACAAGUUCGUUUGAGAAAAAGGACAAAAUUCUCAUGCUGCAUUUGGAGCGGCUCACAAGCCGAAGUUCUUCCUUACAUAUGUUCUUGGGCAGUUUGUUACCGCCUUCCUUGACAAUUCCCGAGUUACUUUGAUUGCCCGUACUUUGAUUGCUUUCAGAGGAGCCCGUGCUUAAGCAGGUUCCCUGUUUCCUUUCAUUCCUUUUUCUUCUAAUUUUGUCGUCUCGGAUUCCUUCCCUGUUGAUGUGUUUCCCUCCUGAGAACCUCCGCACUUCAGCUGUUUGAUGAUGCUGCCUUUGUCUUCCACGUAUUCCUUUAAAUUUGAGCGUUUACAAAAUAUAUGCUGCGGAGGACUGGAAGUCUCUCAGGUUUUCUGCCCUUGAUUACACAGAUGUAGAACCACUUGUCAUCUAUUUAAAAGAAAUUGAAGCAAUAACUGUUCAGAUAAAAAAUGAGGCCAACUUCUGUGUUUUUUUUCAUGUUUUGAGUUAUACACAGAUUGCAACUGUAUAUUAUGUACUAUACAAUGCUGAUGGCUAGGCUUAAUAAAUGUGAAACGGACUCUGAUUUCUUCUCUUCUUUCAUUAUGGCUUUUCCUUAAAAGCGUAACCCUUGUCUCAUCGUUCUCAGUUGCAAGAAAAAUACUGUUUUGAAACUUACUCAGGGCUUAUCUAGAAUUGCACACGCAGAAGAGGGCUUCAGUACCCGUUUUGUGAAAAUGCGGACUGGGAAAAAAAAACAUUGUGACCUACAGUGAACGCAUGUAUAUGUUCUGUACAUAAUAAAAACCUGAAAAUUUAA